AUGGCUGUCUACAUCAAACAAAGCCCUCCCCGGGAGGGAGUACGCGGGGGGUGGGAGGACUUCAAGUGGGAUUCUCUCAAGACGCAGACAAACGCUGACCGCGAUUAUUACCUCGGUGCGAGUGCAAAGGUGGGGAUUUGCACGCGCGGGGGGAAGUUUGAGAAGUUUGAUUGGUGGACGAAGAAGAAAGAGGCUGAAGGUACCAGUGUAGCAGAAGAUGAAGAGUUACGCAGGGUGAAGCGCUUCGAGCAGCAACUCCUAGACGAAGCACUGGGACGGAAGCCGCGCCACCUCCUUGCAGGUGAAGCUCUUCCAGACGAAGAGCCGCCCCCUGCAGCUGCAACUGCAACGGCAACGGCGGUGGCUGACGACCGCAGGGCCGCUGCUAAGGCGCUGAAGAAGCUCAAGAAGGAACAGAAGAAGCUGAAAAAGAUGCGGAAAAAGGAACAAAGAAGGGAAGCAAAACGUCUUCGCAUGGUGAAGAGAGAGCGCGACAGCGACUCCUCCAGUUCUUCUCGCAGCCGUUCAUCUUCAGCUGACAGCCGCAGCGACCAUCGCGUCAAGAGGCUCCGUGGUAGCCCGAGCCCCAGCAAGCGGAGUAGAGACGUGAACAGGAAUCGUCGGGGAGAGGAGCAUGCCGUCGGUGCGGUUAGAACAAAGCGUCGUUUGUCGGAAGAGAGAGGACUUGGGGAGGUUAGAUUGGAGGGGAGGGAGCGAACGCAAAGAGAAGACGGCAGAGGAGAACACAGGGAUGAAAGUAGAGGUCACAAACGCCGGCGAUCCCACAGUCGGGACAGAGGCCAUAGGGGCCGCAAGAGCAAACGACGGUCGCGCUCGCCGCAGAGUGAGGAGGAGAGGGAGAGGCAUCACCGACAGCAUCACAGGAGCAAUGGGCAGACCGGAGAGGGCAGCGAGCGGCAGCGGGGCCACACAGAAGAAAGAGCCCACAGGCGUCACCGUUCAGAAGAUGACCGGUGCGGUUAG